AUGCUAUCGAUAUUCUUGUCUACCGGGGCAACGCUCCUGUGUUUAUCAAGCUCUGUUCAAGCAGCUGCAGUAAAGGAUAAGGCAUUGAGGUCCGAUUGCGAGGCGACAUCCAAUUGGCCUGGGUGGUCUGAUAUAAAACAUGCGUUUGUCUUUGGCGACUCGUACACUUCCACCGGAUUCAACGAGACCCUUGAGCAACCGACUCCGACCAACCCCCUCGGAAAUCCGACAUAUCCUGGCUGGACAGCUGCGAAUGGGCCGAAUUGGGUUGACUUCCUCACGGUAGAAUACAAUGCCUCAAUCCUUCUUACCUAUAACUUGGCUUACGGAGGAGCAACUAUGGACUCCUCCCUUGUUGCACCUUGGAAGCCGGAGGUAUCGUCCAUCGUCAACCAGGUCCGGGACCAAUGGUUUCCAACCUACGCAUCCAAGCCAUCAUCCGCCCCCUGGUCAUCCGAGAACACGCUGUUUGCAAUUUUCGAUGGAAUAAAUGACGUGGGAAACUCGUGGUGGCAGGACCUCUCCACAACUACAGCGCUCAAUACAGCGAUAUUUAAGGUUUAUCGCGGACUCGUCGAUUCGCUCUACGAUUCCGGGGCUCGAAACUUCGCAUUCCUCAGUGUUCCACCUGUUGAUCGUGCGCCGCAAUCUCUUGCUCAAAGUGCUGAGAACCAAGCGCAAGAGAAGGCUGAUAUCGAGGCCUGGAACACACUGUUGAAUGAUAUGGCGAAAAGUCUGAAGAAGGAGAAGCCGGAUGUCAAUGUGUUUAUCGUUGAUGCGAAUGAUCUUUUCACGCAGGUUUUGGAUAACCCGGCGAGUUUCCCUCAGACGGCGCUCUACAAGAAUACUACGGCGUUUUGCGAUGACUACCAGAAUGGCACCCCAGCUCAGGAUACCUUUACCCCCUCGUGUGGGGUUCCGGUUAACCAGUAUUUCUGGUUGAAUAGCUUGCACCCAACAUAUCCAAUGCAGGAGGUACUUGCCGAAGGCGUUGCUAAGCAAUUGCAGGCUGGACCAAAUGUCUGCUAG